AGUUACAAGUACCUAUUGUAUUAUGUUAUUUCUAUUUUUUAUGUAUUAACUAGAAGUUGAAUAUUCUCAUCUACUGAUUUUUGUAAUGUUAUUUUAUAUUUUCGUUAUUGCUCUGUGAUCAUGUAUAUUUAUUGUGAAUAAUGAAAAUGGCUCUGAACAUAAAAGAAUUGUGUCGAUUAUGUGGAAAAAAGGAUGAGUUUUCUAAGGAUUUAAAAGAUGAAAAUAAUAAAAAUAUACGCAAAAUGAUACAUGACUUUAUGCAAAUAUCUGUUGCUGAACAUGAUUCUUUACCUACUAGAGUGUGUCUAAAUUGUGAAGAAAAGAUGGUUUCUUUUCAGCUCUUUGUUUUUGAAUGUUUUAAAAUGCAAGAAACAUUAAGAAAAAUGUAUUUAGACACAUGUGAAAAGUACACAAUAAAACUUGAGGAAGAUAUUGGACUUGAUUUUAAUGUACAACCAAUUAAGUCAGAGGUUAAACAUGAAUUAACUGCUGACGAUUUAGUGAGUGCGAUCAAUAAUGACGAAUCUAUGUCAGGUUUUGAAGCUGAAGAUUAUGAUAAUAAAAAUGAAAGUGAUGAUGAUGAGGAUAUGAGUGACGCUAUGACACUUGCAACACUAAAAGAACUAAAGGCGAAAAAGAGUAAAAGAAAAGUAUUAAGUGAAACAGAGGAAAUUGAACUCAAAAAAAUAUUAAAGAAAUCCAAUCUAAACAUUAGAGAUUUUGUUAAGUUAGAAUGUAGUGUAUGUGAAGAAGCUGUGAAAACGUGGAGUGGAUUAAGAGUUCAUUAUGCCAAAAUCCACAAAAGUAAACCAGUGUUGUUUUGUAUAUGUGGCUUUAUCAUCAGGUCGAAAAGUGUUCUUUACAAACAUGUGUCGGACCACAGGAUAGAAAGCAGAAAAUUAAAAAAGGAUACAGAAGAAUCCGAAUCAGAUAAACAGAAUGAAAAUAAAUAUUCAAGUUUAAAUGUAACAGAUUUUGUAAAUUUCACAUGUUCGACAUGUCAAAAGCAAUGUAAGAGUUGGUAUAAUUUAAAAUCACACUCUGAACGGGAGCACAAGAUAACACCCGUUGUCAAUUGUAUUUGUGGUAUUACUCUUAAGUCUAAAUCGGUUUUAUAUAAACAUGUACAAGAUCACAAGAAUCCUAAUGUUAUCUGCUGUGACAAAUGUCCACGAAUAACAAAAACAAUAGCCGCCAUGAACAAACAUAAAAUGAGACAUGUGCCAAAGUCAGAACGAAAGUUUUGUUGUUCUUCCUGUGAUAAAAUAUUCACUUCAAAAGACUCAUUAAAAUCUCAUAUGCGUGUACAUAUACCUAUAGAAGAGAGGAAAAUAUAUAGCUGUGAAAUAUGUGAGCUAAAGUUCACGACCCCGUCUGCGGCCACGUCGCACAAGCGCGUGGUGCACGACAAGAUCAAGAGCUACGUGUGCGACUUGUGCGGGUACGCGUGCGGCACCAACGGCGAGCUGCGCCAGCACCGCGCCAUCCACAGCGACGACAAGCCCUUCGUCUGUCGGAAGUGCUCCAAGCCAUUCAAAACGUAUUCGAAUCUGAAGACGCACAUGGACACGCACGAGGACACGUCGUACGCGUGCUACGUGUGCAACCGCGUGCUCAACAGUCGGCGCACGCUGCGCAAGCACCUGCUCGUGCACGAGGACAAGUGUCGCCACGUGUGCUCCUACUGCAAUAAGGCUUUCAAGCGCCGGCAGACGCUCAAGGUUCACAUGUACACGCACACGGGCGACAAGCCGCUCACCUGCAAGUGGUGCGACGAGCGCUUCUCGUACGCGUCCACGCUGCGCUCGCACCGCCUGCGCUGUCAUCCCGACAAAAUGACGGUCCAAUACUGCUCCUACAACACACACGUCUCCAUGCAAGAGGGUUAUCUGAAAAAUGAUGCAGUUCCCGCCAAAGCUGACGUGGAAGCGCUUUAAUAUAUGUUUAAUGUAUUUAAAUUACAUUUCAUUAUUAGAAAAAUAUCUUUUAUUAUUUAAUUGUUAUACAUAUUAUGUUCAAAAUCCAAAU